AUGGCAUCCCAGCUUUCUCUCCCAACCCUCGACAGGCUCCGUAGCACCAUCCCACCUGAUCUCGACGUUCAGCAUGUUGCACAACAAUGGUUCAAGGCGUUUUCAGAUGGCAUGGUAUCAGGGAUACCUAGCGAUGUCAUUGCAGACUUUGUGGACGACGCUUUUUGGCGCGAUAUGUUCGCUCUGACAUGGGAUAUGCGCACAUUCCAAUCUACCCCAGCGAUUGAGAAAUUCCUUGCUGAUCAGCUGAAAGCUUUCAAAGUCUCAGCGUUCAAGCUCAGAAAAGAUCUUGUAUGCUUGGAGAAGCCUUAUCCAGAUCUAGCUUGGAUUCAGGGUUUCUUUGAUUUCGAGACUCAAGUAGGCCUCGCAUCUGGUGUUUUCAGGCUUGUUCCAUUACCCGAUGGCACUUGGAAAGCGCAUACAGUCCUCACAAACCUCGAGGACUUGAAGGGCUUCCCUGAAAAAAUUGGAUCUUUGCGAAACUUCCAGCCUAAUCAUGGUAAAUGGGCUGAUCAACGUGCUCGCGAAAAGGAAUUCGCCGAUGCCGACCCCCAAGUAGUCGUAAUCGGCGGAGGACAAAGUGGUCUUGAAAUCGCUGCACGACUCAAGGCCCUUGACGUGAGCACGCUGGUCUUAGAGAAACAUGAAAGGGUAGGAGACAAUUGGAGGAAGAGGUACGAGGCAUUGUGUCUCCACGAUCCUGUUUGGUAUGAUCAUAUGCCAUAUAUUCCCUUUCCCUCGACAUGGCCCGUGUACAGUCCUGCACUGAAGCUAGCAGACUGGCUCGAGUCCUAUGCGCACUCUCUGGAACUUAACGUGUGGACUUCUUCCGCUGCUACUAGUGUCACACGACUUGAACCUGGAUCUAAGCACAAGUGGCGCGUUGCUGUGAAGCGUCACGAUGGGCAGGAAAGGGUGCUAAACGUCAAUCAAGUCAUUUUCUGCAUGGGAUUUGGAGGCAGUGUACCACGUAUGCCGACUUAUCCUGGAAUGGACGAGUUUAAAGGUCAAAUCCUCCACUCAGGUCAACACAAGAGGGCUCUCGAUCACAAGGGGAAAAAGGUUGUCGUUGUUGGAUCAUGCACGUCUGCACACGAUAUCUGUUCUGAUUACUGCGAACAUGACAUUGAUGUGACGAUGUGCCAGCGUGGCCCUACUUACAUCAUGACUACGAAGGAGGGAAUGCCCAGGCUAUUAUCACUGUUCUGGGAUGGCGGGCCACCUACCGAUAUCGCUGAUAGGAUAAAUGCGUCUUAUCCCAACCACCUACUCAAGCUCAUGCAUGUUCGAUUAACGAAGAACAUCGCUGAAGCCGAUAAAGUACUUCUAGAUGGUCUUCGAAAACGCGGGUUCAAGCUCAGUUUCGGUGCCGAUGACUCUGGUUUCCUGUUACUCGCAUGGGAGAAGGCGGGAGGGUACUAUCUCGAUGUUGGCGCCUCACAAUUGAUCGUCGACGGGAAAAUCAAGCUAAAAUCCGAUAGUCCGAUGGCCAAAUUCACGCCAUCAGGGCUUGAAUUUGAAGACGGGUCCACUCUUGACGCGGAUGUUGUAAUCUUUGCGACUGGGUGGUCAGACGCGCGUUCGGCGUAUCGUGAGCUUCUUGGGGAUGAGAUUGGUGAUAAAUUGAACCCCAUUUGGGGUCUUGACGCGGAGGGCGAGUUCAAUUCGACUUGGCGUGAGGUAGGGGUCGAUGGCAUCUGGUGUAUGAUGGGUAAUCUUGCGCUAUGUCGAUUCCACUCUAAGCAUCUUGCUCUUCAAAUCAAAGCGAAAGAAGAAGGUAUUUUCGGGACGAGAUAUAGCGCAGUGUCGCCGGAACACGUGUAG